GCAUUCGGGGGAUAUGAAUGAAGAAAACUUGUUUUAUUUCUUUCCUUUCCUGUUAUUUCCUUCCCUGUUCUGUUGCCUUGUGUGUGUGACUCCAUCAGCCGUCUCUUUGCGGCAGUCAACAUCGAUCCCCUUCUCUGUUCAAAUUCAUAGGCCCCGUCUCCUCUCUCUCAAUUCGUACUUCGUAGGGACCAAAGUUUGAUUCGCGGCGUUAUGUCACCGUAGCUCCGGUUAUCCUUCAACGCUUAAAUUUGAUCUCCUCUGCCUGCAAAUGCGAAAUGGGAACUCAUCUGCUUCUAUGGAGUGUUGAAGACUUGUAGUUUAAAGUUUUACCAAAUCUCUUCGUUUUCUUUCCAAAGGACCAAAUAACACUCCAAGGUUCAAGUACCCAGCAACAAUGGCGGAAUGGGUUUGCAGAGCCCUUCGAGACGGUGCGUUGGAAGGCGAGCAUGCACCUGCUCUCGCAAUCAAGGACUCAAUAGUCUCACCUCUCGGCUUCCAAGUUUUUGGUCACGUCCUCUCCCAGCUCUCCACCAACAUUUCAGCCGGAAAAUCUCAGUCACGAGGUCUUGUGCUCGUCGCAUUUUCUCGGAGUCCGUUGUAUUAUGUGAAUUUGUUGAAGAGGAGAGGACUCGAUAAUUCCUCUCAGCAACGGAUUCAGAUUUUGGAUUGUUACACGGACCCUCUUGGAUGGAGAGAAGGGCUUGUGGAGUGUGGAAGUGCGAAAAAUCUCCCUCAUGAAGUUUACAAAGCAGCUAGUGUUUGCAGGAAUGUGAAGGAUGUGGACACGUUGCUCUCUUCAAUUAUUUCACUUGGAGAAGGAUUGGUUGGACAAGGGAAAGUUAGUUUCAGUGUUGCGAUAGAUUCGGUAAAUGAAAUGUUAAGGCAUGCAACUUUGUCAUCAGGUUCUGGCCUUUUAAGCAACCUUCGCUGCUGUGAGAAAAUUUCAAGCAUCUUUUGGUUUUUCCGCGAUCUUUGUGAAGAAAGGGUCACUGCUGUUAUUGAAUACAUGUCCUCUAUGGUGGCCAGCAUAGAACCAUUAAUCCCAUUUACAAAUGGACACAGAGGUAAUUCAGAGAAUCUUUCUUUAGCUGAACGGAAUUUUACACAAGGGAAAUUUCAUGUCAGAUGCAAACGUAGAAAUGGACGUGUCCUAGUGAUGUUUGAAGAAAUUCAUGUUGGGCAGUCGGGCAUCAACUUCACAUCCCCUUCAUCUGAAGAUGGAGUAAUCAAUCAAGUCAAUCAAGCCCUUUUGCCGAAGGUGCAAUUCAAUCUACAGCUGUCAGAGAAAGAGAAAAAUGAUAGGGCCAAGGUUGUACUUCCGUUUGAACACCAAGGAAAUGGUAAACCUGUACAAAUUUAUGAUGGUCGAAAAUCUCUGAUGGAUAGCAAAUAUGAUGCUGCACCUGCUUCAACUGUGAAUUCAAACACCAAUGAUGAGUCUAGCAAGGGCGAAAUAAUAUAUUAUCGUGAUUCAGAAGAUGAGAUGCCGGAUUCUGAUGAGGAUCCUGAUGAUGAUUUGGAUAUUUAGUGGUUUUUCUUCGUUCAGAAUACUGGAAAAUGGUUUGAUUGCGAUUUGGGAAUCCAAUUGUCAUGUAUGUUCAAUCAAGUGGGAGGAAAUAUGUUAUAAAUUUUCCCAAGACCGAAGGAUGAUAGUGGGAAUGAGUCUGAGAUCUAGAAAGCCAAACAAAUAUCAGAAGAUAGAAGGUUGUAAAUUUCUUGCGCUCACACCACACACUGCUUAUUCUGUCAGAUAUCCACGUUUGGAAUAAUAUACUGGCGAAAAUUUGGACUGGAGGUCUCUGUUGUUCUCUUGCUCACAUGGAUUUCAACCUUACCCAUUUUCCUGCUUUUAUCCUUUGUAUGCGAUGAAGUAACUAUUGGGUUAAUUGACUAGUGCUAGAAUAGUAUUUCGAAGGGGAGAAACAUUUGCUGCAGGUGAACUGGAUCGAUUUUGUCCCCGAAAUCUGAAGUCGAUCCUUACUGGCAGUCUGUAUGAUAGAUAUAUCGGAAGCUUUUAUUACCGGAAAAUAUAAAUUCAGAUGUUAAAGGUUUUGCAUUCUA